AUGACUACAGAUUCCGCAGCGCGCUUGGUUCAGAAGGUGGACCAGCGCCUCCCGGUGGCCAACGAGUACCUGCUGCUUUCAGGCGGGGCCCGAGAGGGCGUCUUAGACCUGAACCCCGAGGACCUGGGCGAGUACGCCAAAGGGGCCGACUUUGACCUGGAUUUCACCCUGCUGGUGCCCGCCCUGAAGCUCCACGACCGCAACCAGCCGGUCACUCUGGACAUGAGGCACUCGCCCCCGUGUCACUCCUGGCUCAGCCUUCGCCUCUGCGACUCCAACAUCCUGUCCCGCUGGAGCAUCUGCUGCCAGGAAGAGAGCGGGCUUCCAGCUGAGGAGGACGAGGAGGGGGAGGAAGAGAUGGGUAAAGGCUCUAUCCCCUCCCUGGGCUCCCCUCAGUCUUUGGACGGAUGCUACUUCUCUCCCACCCUGGUGACAGACUGGUUCUGGGGGGUUGUUAGCGAGGCUGUGGAGGAGCUGAGGCGCAGCCCACAGAGGGGCAUCCCCACUCCUGACCGCCUGGAGAGAAAUGGGCCUCUGACCACCAUCAUCUUGCAGGCAGGCUCUAGCCGGGUUCUCUAUGACCUGCUGCCUGUGGUGUCAUUUCGGGGCUGGCCUGCUGUUGCGCAAGGCUGGUUGACCGCCAACCACUUCUGGGAUGGUAAAAUCACAGAGGAGGAAGCCAUAUCUGGCUUCUAUCUGUUGCCCUGCAGCUCCCCGCUGGGUGGUCGGCCGGACAGAGAGUGGAGGCUGGCCUUUUCCCGCAGUGAGGUCCAGCUAAAGAAGUGCAUUCCUUUCCCCAUGGCCCAGGCUUUCCAAGCAGCCAAAGCGGUCCUUUCUCGCAUCCUGGCCCGUCCUCGUACAGGCCUCAGCCUCUAUCACCUGCGUACCCUGCUCUUUUGGGCCUGUGACCGACUCCCGACCGCCUACCUGUCCUGUCCUGACACGGACACUCCUGGUCGCCUCCUCCUGGGGCUCCUGGACGACCUGGCUCACUGCAUCCUGGGCAAAAACUGCCCAAACUACUUCCUGCCGCAGUGCAACAUGUUGGAGCACCUGUCUGACAGCCAGGCUCUGCUGGUGGCCAGGAAGCUGGCUCACGUGCGCUCGGAUCCCAGCGAGCACCUGCGGGCCGCCCUGGACCAAGCGCAGCAGGCCGGUCAGCUGAAGAAGGAGCUGACCGCUAGUACCAACGGCCACGGCUCCCCCGGCCACCAGCCGGCCAACGGCAUCAUCUCGCCAUCAGAGGACAAGCUGGCGCAGCGGCUGCAGCAGCUGGUCACAGAGAACCCCGGGAAAUCCAUAUCGGUCUUCCUGAACCCCGACGACGUGACCCGGCCACACUUCCGCAUCGACGACAAGUUUUACUGAAACGAGUGGAAGUCUGCGAGUUUAGCUCACAAGCACACUAAGGAAAUGUCUUCACGUCAGAAGGGUAGGGACACUAAAAGUCAGGCGGGGGCCUGAAACCCCCACACACACUCCCUGUUUGCCCCACAGAGGCAGCACAAUGCUAUGAAGUCCUGCUGCCCGACUGACUCUAAACCAAAAACACUCUCUUUCUCCUGACAAUUGCUGUACAGUUUGCCAGAUGUCGGAGCAGACAUGUUGUCAUCCAGCUGUUGCCACGGAGACGGCCCUUUCCUAACAGGCUGGCCUUAAGGAGGCUUCAUCAGCUGGUGCUGGAAAGCUAAGGACGGCUUUUAGUCACGUGGAAUAAGUCCCGUUGGCAUGACAGAGGGUGAUGUGUGUGUGAUGGAUGGAUGCUGGCCUCGGGGUUUCCACACAUUUUGGCCCCUCUAAAAACGGCGGUAGAAAAGCUUCUUGAUUGCUGCAUUUCUGCCCUCUUUAUCUCGGCUCAGCGUGGGCGAUGGCUGAAUUAGAAAUGGGAAAAUAAGGCGCGGCUGAUGCAACUGAUUGUAAUGUUUUGAGGAGAACUGCCGAGCCUUUGAACAGUUAUUUGUAACUUUUUUUAUCUCUUUUUUUUCUUCUUCUCCUUUUCAACACUCGCACCUCAGUUCAUGCUGACUUUUUUCACUUGUUUUAAACCGAUCUUUCUCAGGUAUGCACAACCUUAUUUGGUGUAUUUUAUUCCACUUUAGAGAGUCUAACUGCAUUUCAUGUCACUUGCAUUUCUAGUGGACAAUGGAAUGUACCAAAGAGCCGCGGUCAGGCGGCUAGCAGAGGGCAGCAUGGCGCCACAUGUCCCUUUACAUCGAGUUUUGACACAGCUUGAUGAAUCCACCCAGUCACAAUCUUAAUUAGCUUUUUCUCCUUGGAAAGUCUCGGUCUCCCUACUACAUGAAAUUGUUAAAUUUAGCUGCAACAUCAAUAGAAUUGGCGUGAAAAAUGGAUUUACUCUCCAGGCGAAAUAGAUAAGUGCAAGUCUUUCAUGUCAAGCGCUACUUUGGUGAAGUGGAGGAAGUGCUUGCAGCUCAUUAACUUUGUCGGACCACAUGACUUCAUUUUACUUCCUCUGACAGAGAGGAACGUGUCCACGAGUAAAGCCGGUGAGGCGCCACAAGAACUCGCGACUGCUUGUGUUUUAAACGGGCAGCUCAACCGUCUGAAUAGAUCCAAGUUUAUUUGAAAGGGGGAAAGAAGAAAAAAAGUUUUUAUUUUUUCUUUUUCUGGAAAAAGCUCAAUAAUAUUGAAUUGUUAAUUCGUUAUUAAAUCUUGUUUGCUUAAAGCAACAAAAAAUGGAGGGCGUAUCUUCUGGAUAAGAAAAUAUGGCCGAAGUUGGAGAUAAUUUAUCAGAAAAAACUGAAAACUAAGAACAGAAAAAAGUCUUAAUCACUGUUACACUUUCAGAAACUUGAGGGCAGUGUUUGAAAACUGCCCUUACCUGGUGUGGCCCGGGCUUAGCAGAUCAAAGUGUGGUCAAAAGAAUCGAAAACCACAGUGUAGUCAUACAUUGAUCCAAGUUUUGAUACAUUUUUAAAACCUCAAGUUUUUAUUUGAUUUUUCUGCCUGAGCAGAGCGGACUUUUUGCUCUCUGUUUGAAGUGUUAUGAUUAGCCCUUUUUGAAGGAAUUUGGAAAGUGGGAGGGGGUGGGACAAGUGCCCAGAAUUUCUUGUCUUCUUUCUUUGACAUUGUUCAUGAGCAGAUAUGUGUUUGCAGCCAUUGAAUCACACUCUGAGUGAGUGAGUGUUCACGGAAGGGCCGCAUUGAUGUCCCUCUGCAGGGGGUAUAGAGGGAAACGGGCUCCAGUUUUGCUCCAUAUUCUGUGAUGGCGGGGCAUCUGGAGUGCUUAGCGUGGCUACAGCAUCAUGUUUACACUGCAAACAGCCACGCUGCGGCGCCACGCGGCUGAUUUGAUUUGGAGCCGUUCGGCCAGUAAAAGCUGGAGGAAAAAGCAACCAGAUGAGCGGCAGUUCCCUCACUUCUACUUAAAUGAAUCCAGUGAGUUGUUUGUUUUACUUCAAUGAUUUUCAUACACCAUCUGCAGCUCUGACGGCAGUGGGAAAACGGAAGGUUGACGAGCGCGUUUGCUGAGAGCUACAAUGCUGCUUCCAGAACCAGGACAAAACGCCACAAAUGUGCAACAAGUCUGCU